CUUAGCGAUGAGGAUGGGACGCAGAUGGAACGCGAAAGUCGUCCAGGCCGACGUCGAACUACCACUUUGCGCAGAGGAGUGGAUAACAGGGAUAUGUUUAGUCAGAUGAAGAUUUUCUGUAUAGCAGCCAUUGAAACUGGAGUCCAAGGUUUGAUGAAGGAGUUUAAUCAAAUACGAGCAAACAGCAUACCACCAGCACAAUUGGUAAAAACCGCAUUCGACAGAAAUCCAGAAAAAAACAGAUACAAAGAUGUAUUCUGUGUUGAUGAGACAAGAGUUGUAUUGAAUUAUCCAUCUCAAACAGAGGAUUACAUUCAUGCAAACUGGGUUGAUGUUGCAUCAGUCAAACGUCGCUUUAUUUGCACGCAGGCACCCAAGGAAAACACUGUGGAUGAUUUUUGGCGUAUGGUAUGGCAAGAAGGCUGUCGUUCAAUAAUUAUGUUGUGUAACAUCAUUGAAUGUGGCAAGAAGAAAUGUGAACAGUACUGGCCGGCUGAAGAAGGCGAAUCAAAACAAUAUGGAACAGUAAAAGUUACAUGUAAUCGAGUAGUUCAAGAAGAAAAAAUGCUAACUAUUAGCAAUCUGAUUAUAACAACUGGAAGUAACAAUGUGCUGAUAGAGCACAUCGCAUGGAAUGACUGGCCUGAUCGUGGGGUCCCUAACAAUUUCUUGGCUCCUUUUCGACUUUUACAACGGAUUAAGAAUCAAACUCAUGUUGUGAUCCAUUGCUCAGCAGGAAUCGGACGUACUGGCACAAUCGUUGGCUUAGAUGUAGCUGAUACGAUGUUCAACGAUGGAAUGAAGGUAAAUAUGCGCGAUGUUGUUCGAGAACUUCGCCUUCAACGCCAUGGUUCAGUACAAACCGACAUUCAAUAUGUUUAUAUACAUCGCUGUAUUUUGGCCCUCUCAGAAAAUCGCAAAGUUCGCAUUUUAUAUCUCUUUAUUUCCUGA